AUGGCUAAAAAGACCAGACAAACUGGAAAGAGUAAAGCAAAGAGAAGCAACCAGAAGAUAUUAAAUGCUUUUGAAAUUGCUGAACGACAAGAAAAUGGGUCGGACUCCGACGGGAAUUCGGGCGACGAUGACUACAGAGUUCAAGAUGGGGUAUUGGAUGCCAGUAAAUUCUUGAACAAUGCUAAGAAAGAAGACUUUUCCGACGACGAAAUCGACUCAGACGAAGCUUUGGGGUCUGACGAUGACUACGAUAUUUUGAACUCGAAAUUUUCACAGUCCAUAAGAGAUAAAGAGAAAAAACUCAAACUGAGGGCACAAAGAAGAAGAAGAGGUGAAAAGGUAGAAAGUGAAUCAGACGAGAGUGACGACGGUUACUCGAGUAUCGACGAGGAUCAGCUCGUGGGUUUAUCCGAAGCAUGGGAUAUGGAUGACAAGGACUUGGCCAAAUCCAAGAUGUUGGCGGCUGAUAAAGAUGUAGUUCUAGAUGAUGCCUGGGAAUCCGCUUCAUCUGAAGAGUCUGAGAGCGACGAUGAAAGUGGGAGUGAAAGUGAAAGUGAAGAAGAUAUAUUUGGUGACGAUUCAGGAAAUGAAGUUGAUCUUUCUAAUACCCUUACUCAUUUAAAGUCUCAGUUGAAGAUGUUACCCAAGGAAAGGAAAAAGUUAAUAAGUGAAACCAUAAUUGAGAAUGAGUUCAGUCUUCCCACCAAUGGGAACAAGUUAUCCAUCAAUGACAUGAUUUCUGCUGUUGAUACUUCAGUCUCCAAAGAUGCUAUUUUGAUAGACAAUGAAGAAAGCUCCGGAUCAAAGGCAUUGGAUACGCCGUUGCCAGUCAACAUUCAACAAAAGCAUGAGAGAAGAGCGGCGUACGAAAUCACAAAGGAAGAGGUUAGUAAAUGGGAAGAUACCGUUCAGCAGAACCGUCAAGCUGAAGUCUUGAAGUUCCCCUUGAAUCCUACCAUCAAGCAUAACGACACUGCUACUACCUUCAGAUCUACGAAUGAUCCAACAACUGACUUGGAAAAGAAAAUCCACAGUGUUUUGACCGAAUCUGCCUUGACUGAUGAUAAGAAAGAAGCUACGUUUGAAGAGCUUGCUGUGGCAAAGAUGUCUCCUGAAGAAAUGAAGGAACGUACAAACGAACUAAGGUUAAUGAGAGAAUUAAUGUUCCGGGAAGAAACUCGAGCCAGAAGAAUCAAAAAAAUUAAGUCCAAGACCUUCCGUAAAAUAAAGAAGAAGGAAAGAUUGAGAGAUCAAGAUUUGGUUGAAGGAUCAGACGAGUCCGAUAAAGAAGAUCAUGAUAGAAAGAGAGCAGAGGAAAGAAUGAACUUAAAGCAUAAAACCCAAUCCAAGUGGGCAAAGUCUUUGAUUAAGAGUGGGUUAAGUAAAGAUUCUUCCAACAGAGAAGAGUUAGAGGAAAUGUUAAGACAAGGAGAAAGAUUGAGGACCAAACAGUUGGGAUAUGAAGAUGGUGAUCAAAGUGAUAAUAAUGCAUCUGAUAUUGAAAGGGACUAUGAAGAAGAAGAAACCAUCAGUAACACUUCAAGAGCCAAGUUGGGCAAGGGUGUUUUGGCCAUGGAUUUCAUGAAAGCUGCUGAGGAACGUCACAGGCAAGAGAACUUACAGGAAAUCGAAAUGUUGAAGAAGUUGGAAAAUGGUGAAGACUUGCAACAAUUCUCUGAAGAUGUGAAUUCAAUCAAUGUGAUCAAAAACCAAGGUAGAAGAGUCUACAAUCCUACUGCCGCUGAUGGAGACAUCAAUGCAGUUAAUAAAAGGGCCAGACAAGAGAUUGAAGAUGAUGAAUCUUCUAAUUUGUUGAACAAGCUUUCCAAGAAAGCAGCAAUUGUCAUCAAUAAGCCAGAGGAAACCAGAGCACACGAAACAGAACCACAAGAAGAGGCUAAUCCUUGGCUUAUCGCCGGUGACACAAAGAGGUCGUCUAAGGUACGUGUUGUGGACAAGGACUCAUCUAAGCAGGAGAAGACUCUCAAUAAGAUGAAGAAAAAAUCGGUGAAGUCAAAGAUCGGCGAAAACUUGGAAAUAGAUGUAGGAGAAACAUUGGGCUUUGAAUUGGAUAACUCAGAUGACGAUGAAAGAGAGACGUUCAAACAACUAGAUCUAAUCAAAGACGCAUUUGCGGGGGAUAAUGUAGUCACCGAGUUUCAACGUGAAAAGAAGAGGGUUGUGAAAGAUGAAGAUGAUAAAGAAGAAGAUGUUUCAUUGCCGGGUUGGGGAGACUGGGCCGGCGGAAAGAAGCAGAAGAAGAGAAAGAUUGUCAAAAAAAUCAAUGGGGUUGUUCAAAAGGAUAAUAGACGUGAUAAAAACAUGAAGAACGUCAUUAUCAACGAAAAGAUGAACAAGAAGAACUUGAAAUACCAAUCUGCUGAUGUUCCAUAUCCUUAUGAAUCUAGAGAGCAAUAUGAAAGAGCUCUUAGAAUGCCUAUUGGACAAGAAUGGACCAGCAGAGAAACCCAUCAAAGAAUGACCAUGCCAAGAGUGAUCACCAAACAAGGUACUGUAAUAGAUCCAUUGAAGGCUCCUUUCAAGUGA